CGUUUGGCUUGUGAAGGUUUUUCUUUCGGCGAUUUUACGUAUGAGUGCUUUUUACACAGUAAAAUAAAUUCAUAACAUGAAGGUGAACCUCAGUAAAAUCGAAUUAUACUUGAUUUGAUUUGAUCCUACCUGUGAAUCGAACAUCAUGCCGCCGGUUAACUCCAAAAGCAAGACCAAAGGUGGCGCAGAGUAUGAGAAUAUUGUGGUGAACAAAUGCACAGCCCUGGACUUCGAAAGAUACAUCCAAGAAAAUAAAACCUUAUUGAUGAAUGAUCCUCUAAGGGACAUUCUUUUAUAUCCACCUGAUGAUGUAUCUAGUGUAGUUCUACCAAGGCGUUGGAGGACGGUCACCACUGCAGUGCCAGAUGUACGAACAGCCGCUACCUGCCCACUGUUGACUCGUCAAGCGCUGCUCAGCUAUGCGUCUAGUUGGAACCUCAUACAUUACAAAUAUAGCAGCUAUUCCGGCACUUAUCUCAACUUGCCUAGGCCUUUAGCCCUGAAAUUGCCAGAAGAAGUAUACGACAUCGACACCGAGACUGAAAGCGACCAUGAAGCUCAAGCAGCGAAGGUGGACAUCGGAACCAAAGAGGGCUACCUGCUCAAAGGCCCCGAGAUCGGCUCAGAUAGGAUAUUCAGCAAUCUCGCCUCGAAAUCGUUUAAGAAACGAUAUUGCUCAAUGGUCAGAGAAGCGGACGGCACUUACAUUCUCGAAGUGUAUAAAGACGAGAAGAAAACUGAUACGAAGCUCACCGUUGUUAUGGAUUUCUGCUCAGAUGUUGUGAGGAAUCCUAAGCGCGGGAGAUUUUGCUUUGAGUUGCGUAUGGCCGGCGGCAAAGGCUACACAUUCGCAACUGAAAAUGAGGAGGAGAUGAAUGGUUGGAUAAAUGCCUUCAAUGCUGCUUUAAAGAAGACUCAAGACAGCGAAGAAAACAAUCAAAAUGACGAGAUUUUAGAUAAAGACGCAGACGUGUCCUUAACAGCGGAGCCUCCUCCCCCGACUUACGGAACCCUGAAGGGUCUCGAACACAGCAUGAAUCCCCUGCUGCUGCGGUAUUCCCGGGAAACCGAUAUGUCCAUAGCCGCGGCGCGCAACGAGUAUCGCUCCAAUAUAUUUAGCAUGCCAUACAAGCGGGCGCCCUCGCCUGAACCUCAGUUAGAACCAUUCAAAGAACACUUCGGCCAAAGAAUUUUGCUCAAAUGCGAAAGCUUAAAGUUUAGGUUACAAGCGCCAAUAGAUGGCGAUAAAGAGCUAUUGUGCCAGGUGGAACCCUACUAUACCUAUCUCGCUCUCUACGACGCGAGGAGUGGCAAAAAACUGACAGAAAACUUCCACUUUGACCUCAACCACGCCGCUGUGAAGGAUCUAGUCAACGAUACGGAGUGCACGAAGUCAUUAGUAGAGAAUUUUAGCUACGACGUUAAGUUAGAUGUUAAACAAAUACCGGAGGAGUGGUUCAAAUCGAAAAAGCAGGCAAUCCUCUCAGUGAACAACCCUCACCCAGACUUAUUCCUAGUAGUGAAGAUUGACAAGAUUCUUCAAGGGCAUGUGAGCCAAGUGUUGGAGCCCUACCAGAAAGCCACCAAGGACCCGCGGCUAGGGCUCAAGGUGCACAAGACAGUGCAAGCGUAUGCCAACCGCGUAGGGACUUAUAGGAUGCCUUUCGCGUGGACUGCUAAGCCUUUGUUUAGACUAUACAGCAAUGACUUGGACACAACACCUGAAUUCUCCGCCAUUUACCGGCAGGAACCAAACAAAAUGUCUGACGAGGAUCUUGUAAAGAUUCUCUCAGAUUUCCGAAAGCCAGAGAAACUGGCCAAACUGACUGUGAUACCUGGAUGGCUCAGUAUUAACAUACAGCAGAGUAAUGAAUUAGUCCCAAAUUGCAUGACGAGCGCGUACGCAGCAUUGAAACCGUUUCCCCUGCCGCCCGCGUCUCCCCUCACGGUUGAACUGGCAACACUGAACGUGGAACCAGAACAACCGUAUGCGGCCUUCGUACACCAUUUGUAUGUCAGACCUUUGGCCCUCAACUUUGAGUCCCAGAAAGUGUUUGUACGAGCCAGGAACAUCGCAUGCUCUAUUGAAUUGAGAGAUAGCGAUACGGGGGACAAUAAACCUUUACAGGUGGUAUACGGUCGCACGGGCAUGACGUCACAGUACCGCUGUUCAGUGUUGCACCACAACGCGAACCCAACGUGGUGCGACGAGGCCAAGAUCCGUCUGCCCGCCACCCUCACUUCACAGCACCACUUGCUUUUCACGUUCCACCACAUAUCUUGCGAUAUCGCGAAGAAGAAUGAUGCUAAUGUCGAAACGUGCAUCGGGUAUGCAUGGGUGCCACUAUUGAAAAACGAUAAGCUCGUAGAGGAACAAAUAAACUUGCCAAUAGCGACGCAUCUGCCCUCCGGAUACCUAUCGAUUCAACCUCUGGGACUCGGAAAAGGGAAUACAGGCCCAGAAGUGGUGUGGGUGGAAGGUGAAAAGCAGCUAUUCCGUUGCCAACUGGUCCUCGACUCGACUGUAGCCACGCGCGACAUGCACCUCCACAACUUGUUCAGCCAAGCAGAACGCCUGAUAAAGUCCAACUCUCCCCCCACGUCCCCUUCGCCCCCGCCGUGGAAUGACGUAGUUAACGCGCUGAAAGCUGCACACGCGAUCAAACUGAGUUCCCUGAUCGCAUUCUUGCCAACGAUAAUGAAUCAGCUUUUCGAGUUGAUGACGGUUGAAAAAAGUUACAACCAAGAUAUGGGCUACCAAAUUGUCAAGGUCAUUGUUCACUUCGUGCACAUGAUCCAUGAUUAUGGACGAAAGGAUCUCCUGGAUAGCUAUGUAAAGUAUGUUUUCAACUGCGUGGAGUUCAAAUUACAUACAGUGUUGACGGCACCACUACACAUGUUCGUGGACCCAAAUCAACAAGAUUUUUUGUUAGGACACAAGUUUAUGCAGUACUCUUCGUUUUUCUUCGACAUCGUCAUCAAGAGCAUGGCUCAGUAUUUGAUAAAUACUGGCCGAAUUAAGAUGUCAAGACAUGAGAGGUUUCACGCAGAUUUGUUGGAGAACAUAGACAAAUUGAUGACUGUGGUUGAACCAUCGUACAUCUUGCAACAGCCAAUGCAAACUCACAUAUUCAACAAAAACCUUGCCAUGUUUCUCAAGUCUUGCCUGUCGUUUAUGGACCGAGGUUUUGUGUUUCGACAAAUCAAAAAAUAUUUGGAUAAGUUCAAAGCGUGCGACCCCAAAGCGUUGUUUGACUUCAAGUUUACGUUUUUGCAAACGAUUUGCACGCACGAACACUUCGUGCCGUUCAAUUUGCCGCUGCAGGCCAACUUACGGGCCAAAGACUGUGAUGAUGAUCCUGCGAAGCUAAAGCUGACGGAUGAUUUCAUAAUGCGAUAUUUUCUUGCCGGAACAUUGCUCAAACAAGUAGAACAAUCCCUAAGAGAAGCGCCUCAAAAGCGGCGUACGGCGUUAGGAGUGCUCCGCGCUUUGCUGACCAAACACGAACACGACGACCGGUAUCGGUCGGCGCAGUGCCGCGCGCGGAUUGCUCACCUUUAUGCCCCGUGGCUCACGAUAGUACUGGAUAAUGCCCACCGCCUUGUAACCAAAUCCCUCGCCAGUCCAAUACUCGAGAACGGCCACGACAAAGUGGACGGUGACGCAACCGCCGCGCCCGCCAUCAAGACUGAAUCCAAGGACGUGACGUCAGCAAACAGCACUCCGCGACGAAACAGGCUCACGCUACACUUCGACCAUACGCCCGUAAGGAACUCCGCACAUUUCAAGGAACCGCCCGUGAUUCAAAGCGGCGUCAUGUAUCUAAAAGAUCACACAAACAAUGUGUCGCAAAGCUCGCUAGAGUCCGUCUCAACCAUGUCUGGCGGCGACUCGCUGCCGAGAAACUUCGGGCGGCUCGACUUGGGCGAAAUUGGCGAUCAAGUCAAUCGAUUCGGUGUGAUAUCCGCUGAGGAGGUGCGCGAUGUGCUUUUGUGUUUCCUGUUUGUGUUGAAGUACUUGGACGAGGACAGGCUGGUCGAGUGGUGGAGGACACACUCGCAAGCGCAACAGCAGUCGUUCUUUAACGUUCUAGAGAUAUGUGCCGAGCAGUUCCAGUACGUAGGCAGAAAGAAGAUCCUAUCAGAACUGAAGGCGACCACACCAGACUGCAACGGCAAGCCGAAGCCCGUGAAAGCUCGUACCUUGCCCGCUAGGAUGAGCCCCCCAGAUUUCUCCAAGGAACCCCCGAUAGCAGUGGAAAAUAAAAACAACACAGUCAACAGAGAAAAUCUGGUCACUAAUACUGUGACGACAGAGCUGGAAGCAAUAGCAGAGCACACGAUUCUGUCAGCUGGUUGCCUAGCAACAGAAGUGGGUCUCACCAUCAUCGACCGAGCCUGUCUCUUUAUGAAGAACCUGGGCGCCGCAGACGGAGUAGCAGCGAAGCCAUAUUUGAAACUUCUGCACUACCCGCAAAGCGAGUCGUUGUAUAAACAUAUCUUUGCUGCACUCAGAGCGUAUAUCAAUCAGUUUUCUGAGACGCUUUUUGAAGGUGGCAGCACCUUAUGCGCAGGAGUGGUAAGCGCAGUAGUGAAACUGUGCGAAGCGCGCGCAGCGUGGCUACGGCGAGAAGCGGCCGCUGCCCUGUACUUGCUGAUGCGAGCUAACUUCCAACACGGGUCUGGGGGAAAUCUUACAAGAGUUCAUCUGCAGGUUAUUAUCGCCGUCUCGAAAUUGUUAGACAGUUCCACCGCUCUGAAUUGCAAAAGAUUCCAAGAAUCUCUCUCCGUUAUCAACUGUUUUGCUACUGGCGACAAAGCUAUGAAGGGAACUGGUUUAUCCAGCGAAGUAGCGGAGCUGAUGCGUCGCGUGCGCACUGUGGUGGGAGCGCGGGCGCGAUUGGCUGGCGUGGGCGGCACUGGUGCGGCGGGUGCGGGCAGCGUCCAUUUGGCGGAGUUGCAACACGCGCUAGCAGCUUCGUGUCGGGCAACACCGCGUUUGAGGCACGCGUGGCUGGCAACACUGGCCGAACACAAUGCACGCCACGGAGACCAUGAUGAGGCUAUGUGCUGCCAACUCCACAUAGCCGCUCUCAUCGCCGAGUACCUAAAACAACGCGGAACUCAAACGUGGGGCGCCGACGAGUUUGCAGAGAUCUCCAUGAACAUCCCCCGAGAUGAAACCGCCCUCAAAAUAGACGAAGGAAUGACAGACGUCCAUUACAAUGAGCAGGCACUCCUGGAUCAGCUGAUGAUAUGCACGGAGUACGUAGACAAGGCUGAGAGAUACGAACUCCUUGGACCGUUGUACCGGCUUAUCAUCCCAAUCUACGAGCGAAGGAAAGAUUACCAGGCGCUGCUCGCUUGCUACCAGCAUCUCACGAAAGCCUAUGCCAAAGUUAUAGAAGUAACAAACUCUGGAAAACGACUGCUGGGCAGGUUUUAUCGCGUCGCGUUCUUUGGAAAAGCCCACUUUGGGGAAGACGAAGAAGGCGUAGAGUUUAUUUAUAAAGAGCCAAAGGUCACGUCUCUCAGUGAGAUCUCGGAGAAAUUGCAGACGUUCUAUGAGGAGAAGUUCGGCCCUGGACAUGUCAAGAUGAUAAUGGAUUCUGCCCCAGUAAACCGUGAAGAACUGGACACCAAGCUAGCAUACAUCCAAGUGACGUGGGUACGGACGGCGCCCGAAGGAGUGGCGGUGGCCAGUUCUGGCUGCGAAGGUUCCUUCGAGCGAGGCCACAAUGUGCGGCGGUUUGUCUUCGAGACACCUUUCACGAGAGAUGGCGCUGCUAGGGGCCCGGUGCAUCACCAGCGGUUGAGGCUGACACAUCUUACUGCGGAAAAUUGGUUCCCCUACGUGAAGCGUCGUGUGCCAGUAAUCGAGACGCAAGUUGAAGAGAAGAGUCCGAUAGAGGUCGCUGUAGCCGAGAUGGAGAGCCAGGUGGCUGAGCUCACAGAGAUCGUCAACGCUAAGGCGCCGGAUAUCAAGAAAUUACAACUUAGAUUGCAAGGAAGUAUCUGCGUGCAAGUGAAUGCGGGCCCUCAAGCGUACGCCAACGCGUUCUUAGAUCCCACUCUUGCGCAAAUGUACCCCGACGAACUCGUCGACAAACUGAAGACUACCUUUAAGGAAUUCCUCACCAUAUGCCACUCAGCCCUCCAAUUGAACGCCAAGCUCAUCAGCUCGGAUCAAGUGACGUAUCACGAAGCGCUGGAGGCUAACUACUACAAGUUGAGUGACUCUCUGUCCAGCGUGUUAGGACAACCGUUACACGAUAUACUCGUGAAUGGAAGUCUAAGCACCACAGUCACCGGAGUUGAACUAGAGUCUAGCAACGCAUAGACAAGACCAGAGACAAAAAUACGCGGGCACAUUGACUGAAGUGACAGGUAAAAUAUGCGUGCGCGCAUUAGAAAAUGUAUUGUGGGGACGCAAUCUCGUGUAGUUGUCCAUAUUAAUUGUGCAUAAAUGAAGCGUACAACGAAUUGGCUAUGCAUUUUCUAAAUUAUUUAUUAAACGCUUUUCGAGUAGAUGCACAGGAGACAAGAGACAACACACCAUUAUGUAAAAAAAUACCCUUGACAAGAAAGAAAGCACGAUAAUUAGAAAGAGAUAAUAUUCGAUAUGAACGUUUAAUUCUGUUUCGUUUUGCUUCGGUCUUUCUUAACAUACUUAUUUUGCUUGUCGCAAUCGUUCCAGCAUGGAUCGUUAUGCGUAUAAAUAGAGAAACGUUUUAUACGAAAAACAUUAGUCAAUACCUUUAGGUGAUUAAAAAAACUUAACUAUUUCGUCUCAAAUUCUGUCUAGUAAAAUUACCUUUAUCUAAUUAUUUCUAUACUAAGGCAUUCUCCUUCACGAUUACGAUAAGGCAAAAGUCCAUAUUCACCUUGACCUUAUCUCCAUUUUCCAUACUCCUGAGAAAAAUACGUAUCCAAAGACUGGGCAAUUACCUCCAUACGACCGACUGAACUCUAAAGAGCUUCAUUUUUAAUCCCGUAUUCGAGUACUUAAUAGUUAUUUAUCUGAGGCCCGUAUUACGAUACUACCUUUGAUUCAGGGCUGGGUCUGAUCGAUUGGGUAAAAUUAUCAAGACAGACCUUCAUAAGUAUAGUUUUGUGGGCGUCGUUUUAUAGUACGGGCUCGAAAGUGAUACAUCAGCUGUCAAUUACCAAAUCCAUCCUCCCGCACACGCGACGUUGGUGUACAUUCGUAAAUAAGAUCUUGAGUAUUUAUCAAUCUAUCUAUUGAGCAUUUUACUCAUCUUUAAAUAUAUUUCGGUAAAAUAAUUGGAUCAGUAUUUGAUAAUAGUUUUGAUUAACCCUCCAAUUUCAAGUUGAGUCGUUUAGAUAUAAUUUUGAAAGAAAUCACGUUGCCCUCGUAAGCCAAAAAAUAGUAUGUCGAUAGAAAUUUUGUAGCCCUUGUUGGCUUAUCAGUGUGCAUUAAAUCUAGACAAAUGGCCCUUUUUGCUAUAUAAGGGGUAAUCUUUACCCUGAUUGUAUGCGUCAGUACUUAAUUAUAACUUUACAAUCAUGAAUAAAAAAAGAUAUUUUCAAAAUAAAUUCACUUUCCAAAGCACAUUGCUAAUUCACCUGUGCUGUCAUGAGUAGGAAAGUGUUCUAUUAGUUGCAUUCGUAAUUAAUAUAAAGGUUAUUAAAGAAAAACAUAAUUAAGCACACAACGUGUGAUUUAAUUGACUUUUAUGUAGAUUCGAUUACUCAACUUUUAACUUUACGUAAUUUUUGCCAAAUAAUUUCAAACCGUAAAAUUAAUUGGGGCCUCAUGUUUUUUCUUUAUUCCAAUAUUUUAACAUUACUUAAUGUAUUAUUAUUUCUCAUGAUACCAAUUCAUAGAUAAGUCGAUCGAGCACAAACUUAGAUUUAGAUAGGAUUUUAUAAACUCCCAUUUAGAAUGAACCUAAGAAUAUCAGUCACCUGUAAACAAGCGUUUGCAAUUUGCCAUGCUUAUCAUAGUUUAGUGUAUAAGGAUUUUAUCCCAGUCUAUUAUCAUAAUUACUAUUCUCUCUAUCACUGUAUUUUAUAGUUCCUUUACAUUCGCCUUGUUUUAUUGUAUCUGUUGUAUUGUAUUAAAAUAAGAAUUGUAUAAAAUUAUGAUUUAUGAAUAAAUUAAUAUUAUAAAUUAACAUUUAAAACCACUUUACAAACAUUAUAAUGUGAGAAUUAUCCCAAAAUAUUGUUGAAUUUUCGUGUUAUAAUAUUGAAAUGCGUUUUUUGAGAAUCGACAACAAUACAGGGUGUGAGAAAAAUUGAAACAGAAUGCUCAACCAAGCUAAGUGACUAAAACCCCAAUGAAACAUUCGUUAAUUUUUUUCAACACACUAAAUGAUGUUAUACAUUGAGGAUUUAAUAAAAGAAUAAAAAUAUACUUAUUAUACUUAUAUUCUUUCAUACCCUGUAGUAUACAUAAUGGACAUGAUUUUUAAAAUUGAAUUUAUUGUUAUUUGGUGAGCACAAAAUGACCUCAUGUAUUGAAAUAAUGACGGCGUCGAAUUUUAUAUUUUAAAAUUAUGAUACAAGCGAGUUUAUCGCGCAAUAAACGAAUAUGCCUAUUUUGUGUCGACGAAAAUAACAAAUUUGAAACAAAACGUACUAUAAUUUAUCAGUAUCUUAUCUAGCAACGUAUGGAUUUGUGUUAGGUUAGUUAGUCGAUUCAUAAGUAACUUUUUUUGUCUGAACAAAUUUUAUUUGCAGAGUUAUUGACUGUUUUAUUUAUUUUGUUAAUCGUCGAUAAACGCUUAUUUUCACGUACAAAAAUAGAUUUAUUUAGUCAUUCAUUUUACCGCAGAAAUGAAGUGCCUACGUAACGCACAUUUAGUACUUUCAUAUAAUGAAGCGAAUAAUUGUUUAACCAUGCGACUAUUAUUUUUUUCGAUAUAUUCUAAUUAUUAUACAUAAGUACGUAAUCACUUCUUUUUGUGGUAGAAAUAAAUAUACUGUGACUACAUGACACAAUCGUUUGUUUGUAUACUCCACUCAUUCCAUAACUUAUUAUUAUUUAUGGUUGCAUAAACUUAUGUAUUCGGGGAUGGUGAAUAAGUUUUGAUUAAUGUUUUAUAUUCUUUAUAAUAGUGACGUCUAUGUUAAAAUUCGUAUUCUGAAAAGACUAUCAAAAAUCUAUUUAAACUGUAACAAAGUGUUUGAUUGGCUUAAUUUCAAUAUUCAGACCAAUCUACUAGUAGAGAUAUUUUAAAUUUUUUUUUUAUUAUUUUAUACUUUUCUAAACGCGAAAUCGAAAUGUCUGUCAGUGAUAAUAAUAAAAUGUGAUAACAAUAAUCACGACAAAAUCUGAAUAUUGUUUCCUUUUGCUUAACAGACGCCGGGAAGAUGGCUAUAUCAUUUAAUAAUUGGUGUUCUUGAGUGUACUUAAUAAAUGUUAUGAUGUAUUGAUAAUUUACUUGUAUUGUUUAAAUAAUUUAUUGUCAAAUUAAUAUGUAAUAAUAAACAUGAUAUUUAAAAAUGCCAUAAAAUAUUCGUCAAAUUACUUAUAGCGAAUUUAACUGUAGUCAUUGUUGUUACUAUUAUUAUCGAAGCACGU